ACGGCGGGAGCUGCGAAGGGGAGGCGGCGGGAACGGCUCCGGGAUGUCGGUUAAGAGAGCAUUAAAUUUGGACACUGUUAAAAAAGAUAAUGUGCCUGAUGCAACCCCCCAGAAGGCCAAAAGGAGCAACCUGAACUUCUACUCCCCGACCACAGGCACGUGCCAGCUGAGUCCCUGCUCCUCUCCCACCAGUGAUGGGGCACAAAACCCCAGCAGUGCCCCAGCAGAGGGAGAUGGGAAUGAGCAGAGCGAUUCCAACAGCGGAUUGUCCAGGAGAGGGCAGCCUCAAACAGAGCACGAUGUGUUCCUGCAACUGCACUCCCAAGUGAGAAAUUCCUUGCCCAGAAUUCUGAAACUAAGAGCAAAUCUGACAAGCCUGAAGGCUUUGGAGGGCAGUAGAGAGCUGGAAAAUAUCCUCGGAGUCUCACACUCGUCCUGUGUGCUGAGUGCUGAACUGCAGAAAACCCAGGCGUUGGUGAGUCAAGCAGAAAAACUGCAGCUGUUGAAAGCAAGCCAUGGAAAAGUCCCUGCCCGAGAGCACAUCCAGGCUGCCGGGAGUGCUGCAUUCCUCACCUCAUUCCUGGACAGAAGGAAGGAGCCCCUGGGCCUGCUCUCGGCCUUGCCCAGCACCAAGGCAUAGCCAGAGUGACCAGGACCAAGGCAUUAUGUGAAAAAUGCAUUCCACAUCAACCCAAACUUCUCCAUCUGCUGGACUGGACUUAAAAGGAGCGAAGAACUGAGUGUAAACCAAUCUCCCCAGCAAAUCCCAGCUGGGGAGCGCUCGCUGCGCCGGGCAGGUGCACGUCCAGAUAACAUUUCUGGCAUCUAUUUCAACUUAACAAUGUGCACAACCAGAUAAUCUCAAUGUAAAUAAUCCACCCCGGGUGCUGUGCAGCCCUGUGCCCGUGGGGCUGGUGCUGGGUGGUGCUGUGGGCUCUGGGGGGCUUCUCCAGCACUGCCUGGGCUCCAGGGCUGGAGGGAGCUCUGCAGUGCCAGCAGUUAGUUAUUCCCACCCGGGAUGUGUUUUAGUUGCUUGCAAACACUUUCCCUGCUGGUGCUGCCAUGGCUGGGCACAGAUCUGUCACCCACGUGAGGGUUCCUCUAAAGUCAACCCCAACCCCAGGGUAAAAAGGCCUCAGCCUCCCACCCAGCACUGACACAGGGCUCUGGUAACAUUUGCUUUUAGGUCAACAUUGGAGUUUAGUUUUGGCAUUUAAUGCUGUAGCAGCAGAGCUGUUUUAUAUAAACCAACCUUUUUUAUAAACCAGCUGCUUUUCUCUUUCCUCCUCCUCAGCCUCACCCCUCCAGCCAAAUGAAUCCCCUGCCUCUCAAAUCCACGCAAUUAGUCUGAAAAAAUGCAGUAAAAUAAUUUAUGCUUAUCAAAGUCCAGCAUAAACACAAACACUUGAAUGUCCUUUCUACCACCUCAAAUAAACUGAUUUUUACAACUAAAAUUCUGAGCACCAGCGUGAUAAAGGUGUUCAGGGUGUGGCUGAGCACACACACACUCAAGCUUUGGGAGUGUUCAAUUAAUAAAAAUGGUUUUGCACUUC